CUCUAACCAUUUUCUCCUAUUUACUCCUUUUACAUUUCAAGCUUUUCUGCUUCCUCAUAGUAUCUCUCUCUAUAUUCCUUCCUUUAGUUCUAAGUCGAGAGACUUUAUAAUUUAAGUAAGAGGGUGUUCGUGGAAGGUUUUUAAUUGUCUCAACUCUCACCAUGAGGACCACUUGCUUACUAAGCCUUCCCCCUCUUACUUCAAACCAACCCUCCAACGCUUCUUUCAACCCCGCAAAGCCACCUCAACUUUCAUCGGUGAAAAACGAAACAUGUUGGAAGAGGCAAUGCGUUAUGAUGGGAGUGGCAUCCAUAAUUGGACUAGAAAUGUGCAAUUUAGUGGCACUGGCCCACGAAGCAAUUGAAAUCACAACUAUGCCAAUUGGUAACCAAGUAGUAUCAAAUAGCAAUUCUUAUGGUGGCGCCAAAUGGAGCCAGAAAAGAACGUGCUCACCUUGGCAAGGCAACUCGCUCGAAACCAUCAUGCCGGAGAACCUUCCCCGGCCGUCGGCACGGCGGCGAUACGAGGCUGUUCGUUCCUCCACCAAGACUGUGCCACCGCCCUCAGCCCCGAUCAUAGUCCAAAGCAACAAGGGCAGCUGCUUCUCCAUGUGAAAAAUACGCAAUCAAAUCAAUUACUUGUACAUAACUAUUGUUAACUUAAUUGCUUGCCCUUUUACACAAAUUUAAUUUCAUAAUCAUAUUGAUAUGUCACGUUUUUUUUUUGUUUUUUUUCAUUUAUGAAAACUCCAAAAAUAUCUAACGAAUUAUUGUAUGUAAUGAAUAGUAGUACUCGAUUGGAUUUAUGCAGUUUUAGUGAUUGUA